AUGCGAGCCUCCUUCGCUCUGGUGGCCGGCCUUGCCGCUGGUCAGGUUUGGGCUGGGUGUCCCUAUGGCUUCGACAAAAGAGCAGAUGCCGACCAUGCCAAACUCCAAGCUCACGCCAAUAUGCGCCGAAACCUCCCUUCCUCAACAAUACCUUCAUCUGGAACUCCAACCCCCAGUAGUGAUGCUGCUGAUACCAAGGGCAUCUUUCUGAUGAAUCGAAUUGCGCCCGGAACAUCAAAAUUGUACAUCUCCAAUGUCGACGGCUCUGAUGAACGCGAACUUCUCUCUGAUCCUGUCUUCGAGUACCAUGCUUCAUUCUCUCCCGAUGGAGAAUGGAUUACAUUCACAAGUGAACGCAAUGGCGAUGGCAAUGCUGAUAUUUAUCGCAUUCGCCCCAAUGGAUCCGACCUUGAGCCAUUGGUAACCACACCCUAUGUUGAGGACUCUGUGAUUGUAUCUCCCAAUGGACGUCACGCUGCCUAUGUCUCUACCGCGAACAAUAUGAAAGCCAAUAUCUGGAUCAGGGAUUUGAUUACUGGUGAUAAAUGGAACGUUACAGACAUUCCCAUCACCGCCUCCAACAAGUCACUGAUGAUGGGUUAUUUCCGCCCGGCUUGGUCUCCUGAUGGAGAAUGGCUCGCAUUCUCAUCGGAUCGCAACACUCAAUACAGCGGGCAUGGAGUACCGACCUACCUGGGUCUUACUGGCUGGGAAACGACACAAGAGCUUUCAAUUUACGUGAUCCGGCCCAACGGCACCGACUUCCGCAAAAUAGUUUCAAAGCCAUACUACUGUCUGGGUUCUCCUAAGUGGUCACUGGAUGGCAAACGCCUCGUCUACUACGAGAUGACACGUGAAAACACAUACAAUGCACACAGCGAAUUUACUCUUUCAUCAGCAAACUCUACUAUUUUGUCAGUCGAUGUUGAGACAGGAGAGGAUAUCAGAGUGGAAGCUGCUGGUGAUGGUGUCAAAGUCUUCCCUCAAUACAUUGACAACAAUGGCACGAUCGCUUAUCUGCUGAAGAGCGGUACCGACACUGAAGGCUUUUAUACCACGUCUGGCCAGUUUGUGAACUACACUGGCACCGUCCGUUCUCCCUCUUGGUCCCCUGAUUUCAAACAGGUAGUAUACGAGAAAACAACCUGGGUAAUCCGUGACGCCUACAAGCAACUAUAUAGCUUUGAUCCGGAAUGGGACUAUCGCUUCACUGAUGUCUUCCCUCAAUACUCCUCUGUUGACAAUCGAGUUGUUAUUACCCAGAAGCAACUUGGUAACUCAUCUAUUGUGACAUUCAACACCACAGGAGGAAACCUGGGUCUGGUCUAUGAUCCAAGCACAGCUGACUUUCUGACAUCAUCAGAGACUUCUGGAGCCGCGGCCUAUAACCCGAACUGGUCUCGCGAUGGUGAAUGGGUUGUUUUUGGUGUCGGCUUCUGGUUUGAAACCCGAGAAACAUCCGGCGGAUGGAUUGUGAGAGCAACUGCCAAUGGCUCUUACUCCGAGGUCCUUGUUGAUAGUGCAUACUCUAUCGAGAACAGCACAGUCCUCAACAACGGCUUCCCUAGCUUUUCUCACGAUGGCAAAAAGGUUGUCUACCGAGUUUGGGGUGCUGACACCGCAACCUACGGCAAUAAAUCAGAGAUCGGAUUACGCAUUUUGGAUCUUGAGACCAGGAAAACGACUGUUCUGACUACAGAAUGGGAUAAUCUUCCUGAAUAUUCUCCCGAUGGAGAACUCAUCCUCUUCACGCGGAAAACAAGCACAUUCAACUAUGAUGUCUGUACCAUUCGUCCUGAUGGAACCGACCUCAAAGUGCUGACUAGCAGUGGUGCCAAUGACGCUCAUGCUGUGUGGUCUCACGACGGUCGGAUUAUGUGGUCGACCGGCAUGAACGGCUUCCGAUAUGAGUGUGCGCUCUACGAUAACACUUUUCAGCCGUAUGGUCAGAUCAUGAUCAUGGAUAAGGAUGGGUCGAACAAGACACCUCUGUCAGACUCUAUGUGGGAAGACUCCAUGCCACUUUAUCUACCCAAUUUUGUUCUCUGA